AUGGAGAACGCCGACCCUUUCCUCCAAGUCCAGUUGGACGUGUUGUCCACACUGCAGACCAGCCGCCCGCUCUUCUCCUCAUACCUUCGAAUCCGCUCUUUAGCAAAGAACCCAAACAAUCCAGAGCUGAAACAGUCACGAUCAGAGCUAGAAACCACAUUAACAGAGCUAAGCGCGGACCUUGACGACCUAGUCGAGAGUGUGCGUGCCAUCGAACAAGACCCCUACCGCUUCGGACUCGAGCUCGAAGAGGUACAGCGACGGCGCAAGCUUGUUGACGAUGUGGGAGCCGAGGUAGAAAAGAUGCGCCAGGAGCUGCUGCAGGCAGUGUCUCACACUGCGGCUGCUGAAGCGGCUGCCGACCUGCCAAAUCCGACGGAAUUCGAUGCGGCUCUAGAAGAGGAAGAGCGGCAGCAGCGUGGCGGCGGGGGUGAUUACUAUGCUUCCCUGGAGCAGCAGCGUCAGGUUGAGCUCAUGCAUGAACAAGAUGAGCAGUUGGACGGAGUGUUUCGGACUGUUGGGAAUCUACGGCAACAGGCGAAUGACAUGGGACGGGAGUUAGAGGACCAGGGUGUUAUGAUGGAUGAGGUUGAUACGUUGGCUGAUCGGGUUGGUGGGAAAUUGACAAAUGGCAUGUCGCGAAUCAGGCAUAUUGUUCGUCAAAAUGAGGGUAAGAUGCUACUGCUACAAUCAGGCGAUAGACUUGGGCUGUUGCGGUAUGGGAAUCACGUAUUUGAAGCUAACACUUUUCAAAACCUAGAUACAUGGUCCUCCUUUUGCAUAGCGGCGCUGAUCUUCGCGCUUGUGCUACUAUUAAUUCUUCUUAUUGUCCUGUGA